CAAUUGGGCUCCAUUCAAUUCCACUAAUUGGGACACUAUAACAUCGACGAGCUAUGUUGCAAGUUCUUCGCUCCCGGGAACCCAAGGUAUGGGUACGACAGCCCACGAGUCUUCGCGCACUUCUGCUGGCGGUUCAUCCUCAACAAAUGCUAAGUCAGGGUCAUCACCAACGAGCACAACAACAACCGAGCUCUCAUCGACUUCUCCUACCACGACAUCUCCGACGACAUCUCAUUCGGGCUCUUCUCCAACGAUUCCUCCCGGUUUGGCUAUCUGGAGUCUAGCAUGGUCUUACGUUUUUUUGUUGGUCUGAUUGGUACACAAGGGUGCUGGAGAGAGCAGGGUAUCAGUAAAGAAAUUGUCCAUCACAUUGCUAUGACGAGGUCCUGGAGUUUGGUAGUUAUUUGAGCUUUGGAAAAUGAUUAAUAAGUGGCGUGGGAGAAGCCAUAGAAGUGAUAAUGUCAGAGUCGAGUCUAGCCUAGGUGGAGCAAGAGAGGAG